AGGUUAGUUAAUGAAUAACUCAGGAAAGGUGCAACCUUCAGCAGACGUUUGGUCAGCUCUUACUGUAUGACUCAUGCAGUCACAAGGAGCACAGGUCUCUGUGUGUGUUUAUUAUACAGGCAGGACAGCAUAACAGGACUUUGUGAGGAGGAUUUUUAAACUUUGUAUGAAGUUGUUUUGUUGGUUGUGACUGAGGAACAGUGCUGCUAUGGCUGACCCAAACGCCCAGCACACGGCCACUGGCUCGUCGGCCAAACUCGACCAAGUGCAAGGUCAGGUCAACGAGGUUAAAGUCAUCCUGAAAGACAACAUCAGCAAAGUGCUGGAGAGAGGCGACAGGUUAGACGACCUGAUCGGCAAGACUGAUGACCUGCAGGCGUCGGCUGACUCGUUCCAAAGAACAUCCACAAGGGUUGCCAGGAAAUACUGGUGGAAAAACAUUAAAAUGAUGAUUAUAAUCGGCGUGAUUGUGCUGAUCAUCGUUAUCCUCAUCAUCCUCUUUGCCACCAAUGUAAUAUAAAUCCUAUCGGCACUCCUUUUACUACCAGCUCAGGACUGAAAGCAAUCAAACUGGUGGAUGAAGCUCAACCUGCAGACAUCUGAUUGCUCUGAUCUGAGCCUCUGAUCAUUUCAGCUCAAAUAUUUUGUGUAAAUUCAAAAGGAGAAAUGUUUUGUAUUGAUCAGGUUUAUCUGCGAUGAUGUGGAUAUAAAAUUCAGAGCGGCGGAGCUCAAAUCGCCAGAAACACGGCUGAAAUACUUCCUUGAACACUCCAACAGUCAUGUGACGUGACUCUAUUAAUAUUUCAUAAAGGAUCACAAAUCCAAAUGAGUGUUUAUUAUUUUUAUUAUAUUGCAUUUCUUUAUGUAUAAUUACCUGUGUGUAUAUAUAUAUAUAUAUACUGUAUGUUUAUGAUUCUGUAAUAACAUAUGUAUUAUAUGACUGAUGACUAUGAUUAAGCAGAUAAAAUGCAACAACGUAUUUGAUAUCUUUGCUACCACAGUACUGUAUAUAUAUGUGUGUGAUCUGUUCCAACCAAUCUAACAUUGCAGUAAUGUAAUAAAACGAAGCAAUUCACAAA